CGUCUCUCCUAGAUCUCUGUGGAGACUCUGAGUCAGACUGUUCUGAAGCAGCCAGGAUGGAUCUCCACCUGACGGAGCCCUCAGCAGACGUCAAGCUGGCGACUGGAGCAGGAAAGAAGAGCAAGAAGGCCAAGGAGGAGGAGGAGCAGCCUGCAGCACCUCCUGCAGCAGCAGCAGAGGAGGAGGAAGAGGAGGAGUAUGUGGUGGAGAAGGUUUUGGACCGUAGAGUGGUGAAGGGAAGAGUAGAGUUUCUGCUGAAAUGGAAGGGGUUCUCAGAUGAGGAUAACACAUGGGAGCCACAAGACAACCUGGACUGCCCCGACCUUAUCACCGAGUACUUGCAGAAACACAAGGAGAAGGAAGAGAAAAAGAAGGAGGGCAAGAGGAAAGGUGUCAGUGAGACCUCGGGAGACUCAGAGGAGCGAGGGAACAAGAGGAAGAAGGAGGAGAAACGGAGAGGAGGAGAGGGACCCAAACGUCACCACUGUCAGCACUGUGACAAAUCCUUCACAUCAUCUGGAUAUUUAAAAACACAUCAACGCAUUCACACUGGAGAGAAGCCGUACUGCUGUGAACAAUGUGGGAAAACUUUUUCUCAGAGUGGUAACCUUGAAUCUCACCAGCGCAUUCACACUGGAGAGAAGCCGUACUGGUGUGAACAAUGUGGGAAAACUUUUUCUCAGAGUGGUAGCCUUAAAUCUCAUCAACGCAUUCACACUGGAGAGAAGCCGUACUGGUGUGAACAAUGUGGGAAAACUUUUUCUCAGAGUGGUAGCCUUAAAUCUCAUCAACGCAUUCACACUGGAGAGAAGCCGUACUGGUGUGAACAAUGUGGGAAAAUGUUUUCUACGUGUGGCCAACUUAAAUCUCACCGACGUGUUCACACUGGAGAGAAGCCGUACUGGUGUGAACAAUGUGGGAAAACUUUUUCUCACAGUGGUAGCCUUAAAUAUCACCACCAGAGCAUUCACACUGCCUCGUAGACGUAGUGAAGAUGUUUGAGAGCCAAGCUGUUUCCUCCUGCCUCCUCCUCAUGCCCUGAUAGCUGUGUUGUUAUAUUCUGAUCUUCUCUCCACAUUGAAGGCUGACCA